UAUAUAUAUGACAUGGAAGUAGCUUUUAAGCGGAAGAAAAAAACGUUUACCUUUAAAGCUAUUUUUCCUUUUGCAUGAUGAAGUUUAACGCAAGCACGUUAACAAAGUUUGUAUUUGUAUUGAAUACAAUCACAGUUUCUAGACAAGUAAAAAUUUAAAAUUGAAAAUAUUGUGUCGAGUGCAUAUAUUGAAAAAAAUUGUUUAUUAACGAUAUAGCGCAAAAACUGCAAAUAACAUUACACUUUUUAGUAUACAAGUUUAAAAACGUGGUGUAAAUUUGCCGUGGAAAAUUGUUAAAGAACAGUUAAUAAAGGGCGCAUGUUUCAACGCACAGUGAAUGUACACCACAUCGCAGAACUUUGUUAACUCUAGAUUGCACGAAUUUACUUUUAUUUGUUAAAAGAAUGGUGUACACAUGAUACCGACAGGAAAUAUAGAGAAGAAAAUUAUGGUGAACGUGUCGACAAUGUCUGUGCCCCACACCUCCAUACUGCGGACGGACAAGACAGAGGUGGCGGGCCUGCAGGGUCCCUUGGCCCCCGCUCAGCAGCACCAGUCCGCGGGCACGCCCCGCAUGCUGCCCCUGCUCUACAUACAGAGCUCCCCGCCCGUCAGGAUCAACGCCAGCAGCGCUGCCACCUCCACCAUCACGGGAACUGUGUCGGCCCAGACUGCGACGAGCACCAUGCGGCCUACCAUCGUGACGAGCAACAGCCACCAGUUCAUUCCCGCGGCGCUGAGCACCAAGACGGCCGGCGGCACUAAGAACAUGGGCUCCCAGCCGCACUUCCUCAUCCAGACAUCUCGCCCAGGCACGCAAGUGCCUGUCUCGGGCGGGAACAACAAGCACACCAUCACGUAUUUCAGCACCAUCCUCAAGCAGCCGGGAGUGGGCGUGCCCAAGGCCGGAGACGGCACUCAGCUGGUGCUGCCCGCCGGCCAGCUGCAGACCAACAUCCUGCCCGGCUCCAACCAGAAGCUCGUGCUGGCGCCCCUGCCGGUCCUGCCGUCUUCAACCUCGGGAUCCGGCUGCCCUGCCCAGCCCGGGAAGCUGACGAGCGUGCUGAUGCCCGUGUCGCUGGCUCCUCAGGUCGGCUCCACCAAGAGUAACAUGAUCAAUCUGAAGAUAGCCAACGGACAGAUCCAUCACGAUGGGAAGGGACCUGUUACUGUUCUCCGAGAGACAAAGCCCAUGUCCGGGCCAGCGAGUCCUGCUGUGCCACCUCUCCAGCCCCUUGGGAAAUUCCCGAGCAAAGUGAAGUGCGUCAACACGAACGGUGUGAUCAUAUCAGAGCCGACCGCCAUGACAUCCAUGCCGCUGGGGCAGUUCACCCACCUGGUGCCCAUCGCGCCCAAGAAACACGGUACGUCAGACGAGAGCCGGAUGGCCACCGCAAGCGGCGAUGGCGGCGGUGCAGCCAGCAGCAAGAGCGCGCAGGAAGAGGAAGAUGCGGUCGAGGAGAGGCGGAAGAGGAGCCAGAACCGCCUGCACGAGGCCCUUGCUGCAGUUCUGAACAACAGUUCCACGUCGGUCUCGAACAACAGUUCCACAUCGAUCCUGAACAACAGCUCUGCGGCUGUCGCGCAGCUGCCGGUGAUGUCUGUGGCCACCCAGGCCAACAUUCCCCCUGCAGCGCCGCGCCCCUGUCUCUCUCCCACGCCGGUCGAGACUGACAUCUCCUCCGUGCUGCACAUAAACGCCGUCUCCGUGCAGGCGGAUGGGAGCGGACCCAUGCAGGUGCCGGACGAUGAAUCGUCCAACUCUUCCGUGGCUGCGGAAAGCUCAAACAAAUCACUGGAUGGUGAUAGCAAAAGCAAGGUUUCGAGCAAGCUCAUGUCCAUGGAGAAGAAUGAUAAAAGCAAGGGUUCGAGCAAACUCGUUUCCGUGGAGAAGAAUGGAGGUGAUGUCUCUGACAGUGAUGAAGAUAAAUGUGUGAUAGUUGACGAUAUCAAUAUUGAGGUCAUCAAGUCUGACAAGUCGGAGCCUGUUAAGACACGGUUAGAACCUUUUGAUUCCAAAGCUGAAGAUUUUGACCCAAUAAAAGUUCUUGAGUGGAAAGAUGGAAUUGGAACUCUUCCUGGGAGCAGACUUAAGUUCCGUAUGAAUGAAUUUGGCUUGAUGGAAAUGGUUGAAGAUGAAGACUAUGAAAAAAUGUUAAACAAAUCUGCUGUUACCUCAGAGCCAGUAGUAACUGACCACAAAGAAGGAAAAUCGCCUGGUGCGUCCAUCUCUGUCGGUAAUGAGAAGGAUGGUGCUGUUGGAAACAAUCUGAAACAGAAUGAUGCAGGGGAAACAGAAGACAGUUUAUUAAAUGGACCAAACAAGGAGAACACGAAGGCGAAGCUGGCCACCAGCAGCAGCCGGGACGACAUCUACUGCUGCGAGUCGUGCGGCUGCUACGGCCUGUCCUCGGAGUUCGUGAGCACGCUGUUCUGCAGCCACACGUGUGCCACGUCGUACGCAGCCAAGCAGGAGCAGCAGUCGAGGAAGGAGCGCGAGGUGCUGCAGCUGCGGCUGCGGCGUCGCAAGAAGCGCCUGCUGCACCUCAUGAAGCAGCAGCAGAUGGCGCUGCAGAAGCACCUGCAGCCGCCGCCCGGGGGCAGUCCCGCCGCUGCAGCCACCGCUGCCGCCACCGCUGCCACCGCGACCACCCCCGCACCGGGCGCCUGCAGCAGCAAGGCUUCCAGCUGCACCGAGGAAGACGCUGCUUCCAGCGACACUGGUCAGAGAGUCCCGUGGUUAGCUGGAAAGAGUGGUUUCUCAUGGACAAAAUAUUUGGAUUGCUGCAAGGCUAAAGCUGCUCCAACGAAGCUCUUCAAGGAUCCAUUCCCGUACAUGAAGAACGGCUUCAAAACUGGCAUGAAGAUGGAGGGCAUUGAUCCAGAACAUCCAUCUGUGUUUUGUGUGCUGACUGUGAUGGAUGUGCAAGGCUACCGCAUGCGUCUGCACUUCGAUGGCUACCCUGUUUCACAUGACUUCUGGGUAAAUGCGGACUCGAUGGAUAUCUUCCCAGCUGGCUGGUGUGAGAAGAAUAACCAUAAAUUGCAGCCGCCCAAAACCAUUCACGCCAACACGUUCAACUGGGGCUCGUACUUGAAAUUGUGUCGGGCACAGGCUGCCCCAAGAAAUCUUUUUGCCAACAAGACUGGCAGUUCAAUUUGUCCGAAUGCAUUUCGCCUGGGGAUGAAGCUAGAGGCAGUAGACCGCAAGAACGUGACUGUAGUGCGGGUCGCUACGGUUGCCAACCUGCUGGACAGUCGCAUAUUGGUCCAUUUCGACAACCUCGACAAGAAGUACGACUACUGGGCGGACCCGUCGUCGCCGUACAUACAUCCUGUGGGCUGGUGCAAAGAGAACAAGCGUUUCCUCACCCCACCACCAGGUUUCAAGGCAGAGCCGUUUUCGUGGGAACAGUAUCUAAAAGAAACUAAGGCAGUGGCUGCCCCGGCCAGGGCGUUCAAGCAGCGGCCUGCGUCUGGGUUCCGGCCGGACAUGCGGCUCGAGUGUGUCGACCCGCGUGUGCCUUCAAUUGUUCGAGUUGCAACGGUUGCGGAUGUGAAAGGCCACCAGAUAAAGAUACAGUUUGAUGGGUGGCACAAGCGCUACUCCUUCUGGGUGGAUGACGACAGUCCAGACAUUCACCCUGUGGGCUGGUGCCUGAAGACUGGUCACCCAAUAGAACCACCACUCUCGGCCGAUGAAACUGAUGCUGAAUACAGCUGUCCGACCGUAGGCUGCAAAGGCGUGGGCCAUGUGAAGGGCCCCAAGUUUCCAAACCACAACACAGUGGCUGCCUGUCCAUACGCUUCUCAGAACCUGUCUGUGGAUGGUCACAUUCCGGACAGGCUGUCUGGUCUAGCAGACUCGGCCGACGAGAAGACUGAAACAUGCCAAGAAGUCAGCAAACCUUCGGAGUCUCGUAAACACCCGGGUCGUCCUCCGAAAUGGCGGAAAAUUGAAGUUGAAGACAUCAAGCAAGAAACGCUAGAAGUGAAUGGCAUUGAAGAUGAUGAGGAUGAAGAGCAGAAGAAAAGGAAGAGGCCUGUCAAAGACAAAGAGAGUCCAUCGCCUUCGAAGAUGGACAUCCUUCGGAAGGAACUGCAGCAGUCCAUCCUGGACCCAGGGUACGAAGUGAACGCCAACAAGGCUACGCCAUUUUUGUGGGCCAAACACUCUCUCUUCCUCACCAACUACGUUCAUUCCGUCCAGACGGCGGACAACCCUGCGGCCUGGACCAAGGAGGACGUGGCUCGCUUCGUCGCCUCCAUCCCUGGCUGCGAGAGCAAAGCUAACGUCUUCAUAUCACAGCACAUUGAUGGCGAAGCAUUCUUGAUGAUGGCUCAGAGUGACCUCAUUCGCAUAGUUGGUUUCAAACUGGGCCCAGCCAUUAAGGUAUACAACAGUAUUGUGCUGCUGCGACAGAAAACGGGCAAAAGCUAGGUGCCGUUUUGUCUGUUUUGGAAAAAGAACACAAUUUUACUGCCAUUGUGUUGUGAUGAAAUCACUGUCUGAAUGUGAACUUCCUUUGAAAGUGUGUGAUAUACAUUCACGAUUACUGUUGUGUCAGGGUAUGCUCUGAUUAUUUUGCUUUUUUUUUUUUAAUCUAUUGUUUAGUGGAUUUUUAUGUAAUAAUUGUGCUGUUAAUUAAGCUGUUUUCAGUAUUGUUAUUUGCCUCUGUGUUUUUUUGAUUAUGGUUUUGAUUACUUUCUCACCACCGAGAACAAUUUUGCGAAAUUGUAAAUUAUUGCAAUAUGAGAUUUUUGACUGCCCUGUUCUUUGUAUAUAUAUAUAUAUAGAUUAAUAAUACAAAACCCACUAACAACAAUUUUUUAAUUUGUGUUUAUGUUAAUUAAAUGAUUACAAAACAC